GAAAAUGACGAUCCUAAAAUAUUCCUAUGGGAAAUUCGUUGCAGUCGUCUCAUGUCUUGGCAUGUUCUUCCUCAUAUCCAAGCGUCUCUCUACAUGGUCUCUUCAGAGUUCUUCCCUUGAAAUCCCAUCGUUCAGGCGUCCUCAUAAUUCGGCUCAUGUUAACCGGCCUAGCUUCGUCAGUACUGAUGAGUCUGACAGCUCAGGGUUGCAUCUAACAAGACACUAUGGCACAUGUGACUCUUUUCCAAAUACAUCCAACGUAUUGGUCAUCAUAAAGACCGGAGCUACUGAGUCAUACUCAAGAAUUCCCCUCCAACUUGUCACGAUCUUGAGAUGUCUCCCAGACUUCCUUAUCUUUUCAGAUAUGGAGCAAGAUAUUGCUGGAUGUCACGUAUACGACAGCCUAGAUACUAUACUCCCGGAAGUGACGAAGGGUAAUCCGGACUUCAGCCUCUAUAAUCGACAAAAGGCUUGUGUCGUGGACCAGCAGAGUUGUAAUAGCAAUGGAAAUCUCGGCAGCGAGUUUGACGGCUGGAUUUUGGACAAAUAUAAAAAUGUCCAUAUUGUCGAGAAAACCUAUAAAUUGCGCCCUCACUACGAUUGGUACCUCUUCAUCGAUGCUGAUACCUAUGUUCUCUGGAAUAACCUUGCCCAAUGGUUACGCCAGCUGGAAAGCCUGCCUAGAGACAAGUAUUAUAUUGGUAGCGUUGCUCUCACCAACGAGUUCAGCUUCGCACACGGCGGCAGCGGGUACAUCCUCUCACAGUGGACUAUAAGAGACUUUGUGGGAAAUCAUUCUAGCAUCGCCAAUCAGUAUGAUAUGAAGGCUAAAGAAUCGUGCUGUGGGGACGCCGUGCUAGCCCUAGCCUUGAAUGAAACAAUUGGAGUGGGUGUCAAAUAUGCUUGGCCGACAAUCAACGGCGAAAAGCCCUAUACUAUCCCGUACGGCCCCCGCGAGUGGUGCCAUCCACUGGUUACCAUGCAUCACAUGGAUUUAGAGGAGAUUUCUUCGUUUUGGAAGUUUGAAAAGCGAUUUUACGAGUCACAGGGCACGCCUCAGCCCACGAUACGAUUCAAAGACAUCUAUCACGAGUUUGUCGCACCUAAACUAAAACCUAUACGCAACGACUGGGAUAACAUGAGCGAGGAUGUGGUGUACCUAGAUCCGAACCACGGAGAAAGAUUCCCGCCGUGGCAGAGAGAAAAAGACCGUCUCAAGAAGCUGCAGUAUCAGCUCCACGUCCCGGCCAUCGAGAUGAACGCAUACAAGUCAUUCGAGGACUGCCGUAACUUAUGCAGAACCGUUAACAACUGCUUCCAGUUCUCCUACCAUGCCGGUGCCUGCAUCUACAACAGGUCUUUCAGACUAGGAAAACCAACAAUCAAGACGGAUAAACCGGGAGACAGGUGGAUUAGCGGAUGGGAUAUCGAACGGAUCCAAGCAUGGAUAGAGGAGCGGGGGCAAUGCGACGAACCUGUGUGGCCUAGCUUACAAGAGAAAUUUUAGAACUGCCAAUGCCAC